AUGCCGCCCAUUGCGUCCAUACCUGCAGGGCCCAACCGCCUCCGUAUUCUCGUCACGUCCGACAAUCACGUGGGCUACCUUGAAAACGACCCUGUGAGAGGCGAUGACUCGUGGAAAACUUUCCAAGAAACCAUGCGCUUGGCCCAAAUCCACGACGCAGACAUGGUCGUGCAAGGCGGAGACAUGUUCCACGUGACGCGGCCCUCGAAGAAGGCUCUUUUCCAUGUCAUUCAGGCGCUCCGGCUCAAUUGUCUUGGCGACCGGCCGUGCGAGUUGGAAUUGCUCAGUGAUCCGGCGUUGGCGCUCCGAUCGGGCGACUCGUUAAACUACGAGGACCCGAAUUUGAAUGUUGCUGUUCCUGUUUUCGCCAUUUCCGGCAACCACGACGACGCUACAGGCUCAGGUCUACUAUCGCCGCUCGAUGUGGUGGCAGCUACUGGGUUGGUGAACUAUUUUGGCCAGAUCCCGCGCGACGACAAGAUUCUGCUUGCGCCGAUCUUGCUUCAAAAGGGAACGACAAGGCUUGCGCUUUAUGGCUUGAACAACUUGCGAGACGAACGGCUCCAGCGCCUUAUGAGAGACGGGAAAGUGACAUUCCAAAAGCCACGCGAGCGCUUUUUCAGCAUCUUGUGCCUCCAUCAAAACCAUGCGCGGCACUCCAUCUCGUCGUAUGUGCCUGAGGAUUUCUUGCCGCUGUUUCUUGACUUGGUUAUCUGGGGCCAUGAGCACGAGUGUAUUUUGGAUCCGCAGUACAACCCGGCCACAGGCUUUGAUACGCUUCAACCUGGGUCAACUGUAGCCACUUCACUUAGUGAGGGCGAAACAGCACCCAAGCAUGUUUUUCUAGUCGAUGUGUUGGGCGAGGAAUACAGCAUCAAACCGAUACGGCUUCAAACAGUGCGGCCGUUUGUGAUGCGGGACAUAUCGCUUCAACGAGAGCAUUUCGUGGAAGGUCCGGCGCUGAAAAGAGACAUUGCCGACUUUUUGGUCAGCCAGGUAGAGGAGAUGAUUGAGCAAGCAAAGCACGACGAAGAAAAUGAAGAGCAAGAUGAAACUCACGAAAAGACUAGCUCGGAAAAUAUGCUUCCGCUCAUUCGCUUGCGUGUGGAUCAUACAGGUGACUACGAGGUUGAAAAUGCCCGCAGGUUUUCCAAUCGCUUUGUUGGCCGUGUGGCCAACGUCAAUGAUAUCCUCUUGUACCAUCAGAAAAAGGCUCUGCGGCAACCUCAGCGGAAACUAGCAGAACCGCAAGCACGAGAGCCACUGAAUGUCCUGAUCCAGCAGCUUUUGCAAAGUGUUUUGGGCGAUUCCAGUCUAUUCUUGGUUGCUGAAGACCGCAUUUUCGACGCUACAAAGAAGUUCAUUGAACAAGAUGACAAGGAAGUUUUGGCAGAGUACGUGGAGAAAGCGGUGGAAGAUGCCACGAAGCUGCUCUUGCAAAUUGGCAUAGACGAGGCAGAGUUUCAUACGGGUGACACCCGGAAAGGUUUCCGUCAGCUCUUGAACCAGCUCAGAAGAGAAGCGAAACGGAAACCCAUAGACGACGAGUCGUGGCAAGAUUCACCAAAAGAAAGUGUGCCUGAACCUGAGCCUGUGGUUUUAUCCGAAGAAGACGAGCCAAAGAAGCGGGCUCCUCGGGCCAAAGCUGCACCGAAGAAGGCGACAACUGCAAAACCAAAAGCUGCACCAAGAAGAGCAAAAAGAACCCACGACCAGUCGCUUCUUGAUGAUAUUCUCAGUCUAGGAAGUUGA